CAUGAUGAAAACACAGUUGAAUCAAAUGGAUAGCAACAUAAACCACAAAAUGACCUGCAAAAGAUAAACCAUUUACAAUACGCUGCACGGCACCCAAAGCUGCCAUGAGAUACUAUGUCAGCUGUUCAGCAACGAUGCUUGACAAACCUCCCAAAGGAUUUUUAUUGAGAACGAAUGCACACACCUUCAGGAACCUUGCGUCCAGAAUCUACCAGAGACAACAAACGAGCCAUCUACCUUGGGGAGUCUAUAGCACUCUCACAAAGCCUCGCCCUAGCUUAAAAAUGAACAACGCCUUUCCUGAUUGUGCACAAACACAUGUCAAUCACCUUUGAUUCACUGUGAAUGUGAAGCUUGCACCACGACUCCCGGCUCCUUGUCAUCUCAUACCUACACUAACUAGGCAGUUGCUCAACCCCAUUCUGGUGACCAGUCGCCAAAACAGCACGCCAGUGAAACACAUUCAGCCUUCGAGUUGUCACUGAAAAUGGAUUGGCAGUGGGUCUAGCCGUGGACCACAUACACGUUGGGAACUAAUACUGACUAAACUUCUGCUACCAAUCUCCGGCACCUAAUUAGGCAGAGAUCACCCACACCGGAGUCAGAUACACAGCACUGCACACCACAGAAGCAAGCAUGGAGCUUGAUCAGAAUGUACAACUUAUUAGGACAGUUUCUGCCUUUCGCCCACAGGUGCUGCCACCCGUGCAUUGCACAUACCACACCGACAAAACUUGGCAGCAAGGAGAGCGUUAGAGCAAGGACAAGGAUAAGAUGCAGAAAAAGCAGGCGCCAGAGAAAAGGCACGAAGGAGAACAAGCAAGACAGACAUGGAAACUCAAAGAACAUAACCGCGUCACAGCAGGACUGGAAGAAGACCGGAAAAAGGAAGAUAUAGGCAAACCCUCCCUUCGCUCAAUCAUUACCACAGCAAGGAGAGCGUUCGAAAAAGGACGAGGAUAAGAGGCAGAAAAAGCAGGCGCCAGAGAAAAGGCACGAAGGAGAACAAGCACGACAGACACGGAAACUCAAAGAACAUAACCGCGUCACAGCAGGACUGGAAGAAGGCAGGAAAAAGGAAGAUAUAGGCAAACCCUCACUUCUCUCAACCAUUACCACAAACCAACAAAAUUCGGCAGCCAGGAGAGUGUUACAACAGAGAUAACAGACCGAAAAAGCAGGCGCCAGACAAAAGGCGCGAAGGAGAACAAGCAACACAGACAUGGAAACUUAAAGAACAUAACCGCAUCACAGCAGGACGGAAGACGACAGGAAAAGGAAGAUAAACGCCAACCCUCCCUUCUCUCAGUCAUUACCACAAUGCUUACGUCGGCACCAUCAAUGGUUAGGCAAGUUGCUGUGAACGUGCUCAAGUGGACAAGUAUCCCAAACAAGAAACCAGGAAUACUGCACUUAACAGGACACAGCAAACAGGGAACCCAGAAAAAUGGCGAACAACCACCAGGAGGAGGAGGAAGCGAAAGGCGGGAAGGGGGAGGGAGGGCAUGGAGAAAAGUUAGGAAAAGUUAGGAAAGGGUCUUAGCAGAACUCGGUGAAAAUGAUUCAGGAAACAUUGCAUACACACAAAACAAACAUAUCCACAUCUC